AUGCCCGGAGCUCGCGAGCUCCUUGUAUCGUCUGGAUGCCGUGGCUAUCGGCAAGAUGAGACAGUUGCAGUCACUGUCUCUGCGGACAAUGUGAGACAAAUGGUGGACACCACCAGGCCCCGCUUUGUGCAAUCCGCGCUGCGCUGUGCCGGCCCGGCUGCUCAAGCUCACGGCCGCUGUGAUGACGCGACAGUCAGGGCUGCCCUGCACUGCAAAGCGCCAGACUUCAGCAGAGGGUUUGCAGAUCUGCUGCCAUACGCCCAGCACAUCCUUCACCCGCUGAUCCACAACUGCGGGCACCAACAAGAUGUGCUGGUGCUGGGCCUUGGAGGUGGUGCAAUCCCAACUUACCUGGAAGAAUCCUGCCCCGGUACGCAUGUAUUGGCAGUGGACAACAACUCGGACGUAGUCCGAGCAGCGCGGGACUUCUUCGCAUACAGAGGUGAGGCUCUGGUGCAAGACUUGCACCACGCUCUCGCUGACCUUUCACGCAAGCGGCCCCAAUCUUUCGAUGCAGUUGUUACGGAUGUUGGACACAAUAUUAAGCUUACCAGACAGGACCUACAAAAUGUAUUGAAGCUACUGAAGCCAAGCGGCUUGGUUGUGGAGAACCUCAGCAACCCAGCCUAUGCAGCCGACCAGCUCAUGCUGUACAAAGAGUUCCUGGGUGGAGCCGCGUCGGAGGAAGUCAGUGCUGGAAAUCAUAUUCUCUCUGGGUGGAGCAAUGCGGCACCACAGACCAUCGAGCAAUGA